AUGAAUGACCAUCAAUGGAUGCUUCAAGAGCCUGUUCCCUUUGAAGAGUUUGAGUUCAGCAUGGGUGUACCCGAUUUUUCUAUCCCAUUUCCUACAUCAGAUGAAUUGUGGGCGUCUUCGACCAACACAUCCACAUCUUCAGCUUCAUCGACAUCGGUGCUCAAUGAAACGGAUCAACAAGAGUUCUCUCGAUUCCUUGACUCUUUUUUUGUCGAUGAUGAUGAAGAGGAACGUCGACGUGUAUCCAUUCUCCAGUCACUUGAUGAACAAAAGCGUCGUUUUCAACCCUAUCCAACAAUCAACAAAAGCAACAAAAAGCCCCAUUUGCCACCAUCGCCUACUACAGCAGGCUACAUGAUGUCAUCGUCGCCAUCCCAUACAAGUACAUCCUCCUCUUCACCAUCGCCUGACAGCCCCUCCUCUUCAGCACUCCAUCAUGGCAUGUUAUCUUCAAGCAGUAGUAGACGGCGCAAAUCAGGCCGUGAGCUACUAUCAGAAGAAGAAAAGCGGGCUAACCAUAUUGCGUCUGAGCAAAAACGACGCAGCACCAUAAGAAAUGGGUUCAAGGACCUUACGGACUUGGUGCCAUCAUUGAAGAACAUGAACAACUCAAAGAGCAAUGUGCUUUUCCAAGCUGUUGAAUUUAUCAAAUACCUUGAACAGCGCAACCGAGGGCUUCAAUCAAAAAUCAAAUCGCUUGAAUAUCGCAUGGCAUGCCGAAUGCCCGAUGAUCAAUCGAGGCGGCUAUUAAAGCUUCAAGAACAACUCCAAUUUCAUCAACGUCUUUUAUCACAACAGCAAGCUCUCAAGGAGCGCUCGGGCUUGGCCUACAUUGCUCUAGACGGUGGCGAUGAUGAAAACAUCCAUCACACCAUUUCCGCAUAA